GGAACGUAUUCAACAAACAAAAACGGCCGUCGUAGAAACCCUAACCACCGCCGCCACUCACCGCCGCUGACUCCUCUCCUCCGGCACCGUAACAAUGGCUGACGUAGUACAAUACAAGCUCGAGCGCAUGGUCAACGAGCUCGACGACCUCGAGCGGCGCGGCCUCUUCUCCCGUCGUGAAAUCGCCGAGAUCGUAAAACAACGCCGGAAGUUCGAGUACCGGCUUAAACGUCCGAGUCCUCUGAAGCAGGAUUACAUAGCCUACAUCGACUACGAGAAGUCUGUUGAUGCUCUACGAGUACUUCGUAAGAAAGCGGUUAUGCGUGAGUUGAAGAAGAAGAGUGAAAAGGGAAAAGAUUCGAAGAUGAAGCAGAGUUAUUCGGAUUUUUCUGGAGUAUCGAGGAUUGUUGAGAUUUAUCGGUUGGCUACUAAUAGGUUUAAAGGUGAUAUUGAGCUGUGGUUUCAGUAUUUGGAGUUUUGUAGGCAGAGGAGGAAUGGACAUAUGAAGAAGGUUUUGGCUCAGGUGAUCAGAUUUCAUCCAAAAGUACCCGGAGUCUGGAUAUACGCCGCAUCAUGGGAGUUCGACCACAACUUAAACGCUGCAGCUGCUCGUGCACUUAUGCAAAGCGGUUUGCGAUCUUGCCCACAUUCCGAAGCUCUAUGGGUAGAAUAUCUCCGAAUGGAGCUCACUUACCUUAACAAGUUAAGUGCUCGCAGAGCAGCUCUUGGAGAAGACGUGGGCACAUUGGUUCCCGAUCGUUCAAACCCCGAAGAUAAACAAUGGCGAGAUGAAAAUAAAGAAUUAUUCAUGUCGAUUGAUGGAGAAAGUGAAGAUUACAAAGAGUUAGAUGUACAAAACGACGAACUGAAACAGAAGAUCGAUAUUUUUCGGGAGCAAGGAUUGAACAUUCUUCAAACGAUUUACAAAUGUGCAGUGGAUGCGCUUCCGUCCAGUUUCAGCUUGAGAACGCAGUUUUUGGAGAUACUAGAGGCAACUGAUUUGGCGAAUUCCGAAAAUAUGCAAAACGAGAUUCUUGCUGACAUGAAAAACGAGUUUUCGAAAGAACCAGCAUAUUGGGACUGGCUUGCAAAAUUUGAAGCAGCUGGGCGUAAGAGUACACAAGAUGUAACGUUAGAAAUUACGCCUGAUCAGUUGGUCAACGCGGUUCAGGUUUUUGAUGAGGCUCUGAAGGUCAUACCGUCAUCUACAAUGUUCGAUCUAUAUAUCAAGUUUAUGAUGAACACAAUUGGUAAAAACGGACACAAUAAAAGUUCUAGCAUAGACCCCGUUACACAUGUUUUAACGAUCUUUGACAAGGCUCAAAGCAUGGGGUGCAUCUCUGAAGAUCUUGCUUGCCAACACGUUUCGUUUUUGUUACGACUUGAAAGAUUAGACGAUGCUAGAAAUUUGGCAGAAAAACUUUGCAAUGGAGAACUUUCGGAAGCGGUAAAUUUGUGGGUUUUACGACUUUCAAUAGAGAUUAAGCGAAUUAAAACACCAAGCAAAGGUGAUUUGUCGUAUGUGUUUGAUCUCUUGCAAAAUCCUUUGAGGAAAGUUUCUGUUUCGCAAGUUGAGAACCUAUGGCUAAUGGGCUUGAAGUAUUUUUCAAAUCACAAACAUUAUUUCGACAAGCUGGUGGAUAUUUCUCUAACUUCAUUGAUCAGAGACGGUGGUAGUGAUGACGGGUUUUCUCUUUCAUCCGCAAUUGUAAACUUUGUUCUACAAAAAGAUGGAAUCCAGAGUGCAAGAGAUAUGUAUAAGCGAUUUUUCACUUUACCUCGGCCUGGGCUUGCUUUAUAUAGAAACUGCAUUGAAAUAGAAUUGAACCUUGCAUCAUCUGCUGGUGGCAAAAAGGUAAAUCUUGUAGAAGUCCGCAAGAUAUACGAAGCGGCACUUUCAACGUAUGACCAGGAUGCGAGUUUGUGGCAAGAUUAUCAUUCUAUGGAGUCAAAGAUGGGGACAUCGGAAACCGCUGCUGCUGUCCACUGGCGUGCACGAAAGAUACUUAAAAACAGUGCGAAUCUACUAAUAUGAUGAGAUUAUGAAUCGAAAGUUUGUAAUUGUGAAUCAUUUACAGUUUUGGAAGGUAUGCUUGUUGCCAUUGCAGUAAGCAUGUCCUUGAGAAAUGUAACAGUUGUUUUAUUAGCAGGAUAAUCAAAGUUUUGGUUUCAUUUGGAUGA